AUAAGUCCGCUACGAUGGGAAACUGUGAUGAUUUUCCAGUAUGCAACAUCAAAGAAAAACAAUGCACAUGCACGUGUCAUCAAGGAUUCGAGCUGAAGUCUGGAAAUGAUAAUUUCAUUGAUGCAGCAACUUCUAGAUGUGUAGAUUAUAAUGAAUGUAAUGUCACAACAAGGUGUCCAUCAAAUUCAGAUUGUUAUAACACCAUAGGAAGUUACUACUGUAUGUGCAAAUCUGGAUUUUCUUCUUCUUCUGGGCAGGCAAACUUCUCUGAUAUAAAAGUGAGCUGUGAUGAUAUUAAUGAGUGUGUAGGAAAAGGUGCUGUUGACUGUGGAACCAAUGCUCUGUGCAAUAAUACUGCUGGAAGUUACUACUGUUACUGUAAAACUGGGUAUAAUUCCAGCUCUGGAAAUGUCACGUUCAUGAAUAAGAACAAAUCAACCUGCCAAGGCAUUGAUGAGUGCCAGCGGUAUAAGGAUGUCUGUGGUGAUCACUCCAUCUGCAACAAUAUAACAGGAAGCUAUAGUUGUGCCUGCCAACCUGGGUUCAGCUUUAGUUCUGGGAAUAAUACUUUUGGCUGCAAAGAUAUCGAUGAGUGCCAGCAGGACAAGGAUAUCUGUGGUGAUCACUCCAUAUGUAACAAUACAAUAGGAAGCUAUAGCUGUGCCUGCCAACCAGGAUUCACAUCUAGGACUGUGACUCAUCAGUUCACAAAUGCAAGCAAUUCUAAAUGUGAUGAUAUCGAUGAGUGCCAGCAGGACAAGGAUAUCUGUGGUGAUCACUCCAUAUGUAACAAUACAAUAGGAAGCUAUAGCUGUGCCUGCCAACCAGGAUUCACAUCUAGGACUGUGACUCAUCAGUUCACAAACGCAAGCAAUUCUAAAUGUGAUGAUAUCGAUGAGUGCCUGCAGGUCAAGGAUAUCUGUGGUGAUCACUCCAUUUGUAACAAUACAAUAGGAAGCUAUAGCUGUGCCUGCCAACCAGGAUUCACAUCUAGGACUUUCACUCAGCAUUUCACAAAUGCAAGCAAUUCUAAAUGUGAUGAUAUCGAUGAGUGCCAGCAGGACAAGGAUAUCUGUGGUGAUCACUCCAUAUGUAACAAUACAAUAGGAAGCUAUAGCUGUGCCUGCCAACCAGGAUUCACAUCUAGGACUCUCACUCAUCAGUUCACAAAUGCAAGCUAUUCUAAAUGUGAUGAUAUUGAUGAGUGCCAACAGGACAAGGAUAUCUGUGGUGAUCAUUCCAUUUGUAACAAUACAAUAGGAAGCUAUAGCUGUGCCUGCCAACCAGGAUUCACAUCUAGGACUGUCACUCAUCAGUUCACAAAUGCAAGCAAUUCUAAAUGUGAUGAUAUCGAUGAGUGCCAGCAGGACAAGGAUAUCUGUGGUGAUCACUCCAUUUGUUACAAUACAAUAGGAAGCUAUAGCUGUGCCUGCCAACCAGGAUUCACAUCUAGUACUGUCUCUAGUACAGUCACUCAUCAGUUCACAAAUGCAAGCAAUUCUAAAUGUGAUGGUCAACAAUGUCAGUGCUGUCCUGAGUUAUGGAAUCCAAAUAUUUCUAAGUGUUCUUCUAGACACUUCAUAUUAACCAACAGAACUAAGGGUUCAAUCACCAAACUAGUCAGAACAGUGGAAUUUAAUAUUUCAAGUGAUACGCCGUCAAAUGUCAAGCAAGAAAAAAUAACAACACUCCUGAGAGAAGUGGAGGAAUUUAUCCUGAAUGAUGUAUUGUCAUCACUGAAUAAAAAUGCAACAAAAGAAGAAAUUAAAUACUAUAAUUCAAAUGAAACUGAGAUUUUUGCCUAUCAUGUACCAUUCAGUAGCAGCUAUGGAGAAAAAAUGUUAACCCUAACGGUAGAGAAUGUCACAAUGGGAAUUAAUAGCAAAACAGUCACUAAUGGGACUGAAACAGGUACUCCUCCUUUUGCUAUGCUGACAUCAGUCCAUGGGUCUGAAAUUGAAUCUCUACUCUCUGAUGGCUAUAUUAUUGACCAAAACACAUCAAGUAUGAGAUAUAACGUGAAUUCAAAAGUAGUAAUUGCAACAAUUUCAAGCAAGUUUAAGUUCAACCUCAAAGAUCCAGUCACAUUCAUAUUUCAGAAAAAGGAGAUUAAUAAACAGAAACCAUCUAUCUGUGUCUUCUGGAAAACUGAUGAAAAAAACAGAAGUGGCUGGUCUACAGAAGGAUGUUCUGAAGAAAAUACCAAUACAACACACAUAACAUGUAAAUGCAACCAUUUAAGCAGCUUUUCAGUACUAAUGGCUCUCGAUGAAACAUUACAGGAUGAGACGCCAUUAGCUAUAAUUUCAUAUAUCGGACUUACACUCUCAGUCAUCUGCUUAGUCAUUUCAGUCCUGACAUUUUGGCUCUGUCAUUCUAUUAAAAAUGUCACUACAACACAACUCCUCAACCUUUGUGUCAGCCUACUUGUGGCAGAUGUUAUAUUCCUUUUUGGCAUCUCCAGGACAAGCAAUGAGAAAUUGUGCAGAGCUAUUGCAGUAUUCCUGCAUUACUUCUUCUUGGCUUGCUUCUGUUGGAUGUGCCUGGGAGCACUGCAGCUCUAUCUCAAGGUACAACACUUGAAAGCAGUCAGUGUUUUCCGAACACAUGUCAUGCGAAGGAAAUACCUUUAUCCAGUGGGCUAUGGACUGCCUGCCAUAAUUGUGGCAAUUUCUGCAGCUAUCUCCCCUCAGCACUAUGGAACAAAAAAAUUGUGCUGGUUGGAAAUAAAAAGUGGCUUUAUAUGGAGCUUCAUGGGACCUGUUUGUUUUAUAGUUUUGGUGAAUAUAUUUUUAUUUAGCAAAACCAUUUAUACGCUACAACAACAUUUUUCAUCACUCAACAAAGAUGUGUCAACAAUCAAGAACACAAAGGUACUCCUUUUCAAGGCCAUUGCUCAGUUCCUUGUACUGGGCUGCACGUGGAUAUUCGGUAUCUUUCAGUUUCGACAAGAGAUGCUUUUCAUGUCAUACCUUUUCACGUUACUGAACAGCUUCCAUGGAAUCUUUAUGUUUCUGCUCUACUGUGUUGCUAACAAACUGGUUCUGGAUGAGUACAAGAAGAAAUUUCAAUACCUCUUCAGAAGGAAGAAGAAAGAGCAGGACUUCACUACUACAUCCAGCACUGCUGCCACUUUUAUGAUUGUAUCAUCUCAUACUGGAGAAGCUGCUUCCAAAGUUUCAUGGAACUAAUAUCAGAAUCAGCAAUGCAAAAACAUGAGAUAAAGUUUGUGAAUAAGAAGAACAUUGAAGCAUAUCUAUGAGUAACAUGGGUUAUACACGUUGAUAUAAUAAAUACUCUGUUAUGUUUGAAAUGUACUUUACAUGACUGUAAGAAGUUACUCAUGUAGCUACCUCCACUGCUCAGCUUGCAAAAAACAAAAACAGAAAUGUCAUUGCUUCAGCGCUGUUCUCUACACUUUCUAAAUGCCAUAUGGUAUUUUAUUACUCAAAUCCACAUUUAUCUGGCAUUCAUCUGACAUUUUGCAUUCUUGUCAAGUUACAACCAUUUACGUAAAUUAUUUGGAAAUAUACUAUAUUAAU